AUGUACAAAACCGUAUCAAGCGUUAUUGUAGAUGAUCCUGAUCUUAUCUAUACGCAUUUUCUUCAAUUAUCACAAUGUUAUGAAACUAUGUCAACCAACAACAAAGUUGUUGUAUUCACUGAUGAUUUAUCUGUGCGGAAAGCGUUCUAUGGACUUUUGUAU